GGUCCUGCGUGAGAAAGAGCGAGAUAAGAUAUUUUUGGUUGUGCGAUCGCGACAGAGAGGUGAGCGUACUAGUCGGUUACAAUUCGCGUUAGUUUAUUUCUAGAUUCAUUUUGUGUCUGUUAUUGUGUCGUUUAUAACGGCCGGGAUUCGAGUUCUGUUCCUUCUCCCCCCCCCCUUUCCCCUCCUCUUCACUUGUGAUCUUCCAUACAAGUUCGUGAAAUGCAAUUGUCAACGAGGACCAGAGCGACAGCUAAUCGCAGUAAUCGCAUAACAUCGACGAUAACGCGGUAACCUUCGCCUCCUACGCGUAUUUACUCAUAUCGGUCGUGCGUAGUACGAUUGCGUAGCGCGCGCGACUUUUCGUCGGUCCCACGGCGAGCCAAUCAGAGCAAUAGCCCCGGGUGUCACGUGACUCGGCUCGCGCGCGACAAGCCUCGCUCGAGUCGCUCGUCCGUCGCUCGCGUCGAUCGGAACGGAGACCGGAGACCGCGCGGUUUCUGCACCGGUGUGCGAUCUCGUGCACGUCGGAUACGCCAAGACGAGGGACGUACGCGUCGGUCGCUCUCGGGGGACGGGCGGCAGGAAGUCGGCGCGUCCCCGCGAACAAUUGCACGUCCCGCGGAUCACGUGAUUCGCGCGUCCGUCCGCCAUAUGUCGCGCGCGGUUUUCGCCGGAGCGGACCUGUGCGCGCGUCGCCGCCGGUCGCGACAGCAAACGUUUUUCCGCCGGUGUGUGGUGCGCCCACCGGCGGCGUGUCGUCCACAUGUCGUGCGCAAUUUUCGUCGGUCGCGAGGUGAGGCCGCGCACCAGUGUCGUCGGAAUCCGAAAGGAGUCGUCGAAGGGGAACAAGGAUGCCCGAAGGGAUGCCGGGCAUGCGAGGGUUGCUCGCGCCACCACCACCGCCGCCGCCGCCGCCACCACCACUGUGACUCCGUCCUCCGAUAAAGCUCGAAGCGGGAUGUCCGUGGGUUCGGGCGGCCGGGCGCCGUUUAAGCGGACCACGCAAAAUAUACAGCCGCUUGCGAAGAGGCCCAGUAGAAGCCAGGCGAAACCAGCCGAGCCUGCGGCACCAGCGUCUAGAGCAGCGCCGAGCGCGGGGCGGAAAAGGGACCCGGUCGCGUCGCUCUUCAGCACGAGGAGACCGGCGAGGAAAGUCGUCCAAGGAGGCAAGGCGACAAAGCCGGGGGACCAGCAGCUAAAAGGACAGCCCAGUCAGCAGCAGCAGCAGCAGCAGCAGCAGCAGCAACAACAACAAUCGGCGCAACAGCAGCAAUCGGCGUCGCUGCGCCAGGCGCCGAGUGCCUCCUCGCUGGAGGCGAAGAGCGACGUUUCGUCGACCGGGAACAACUGGGCCGGCUCCCUGGGCAACAAGGAGCCGGCCAGGCCCACGAAAGCGACGACGGCGUCGAAGGGCCCCGCAAAGGCCUCCAGGAUGCAGGAGCUGGAGCGCGAAGUCGAGGCCCUGCGUAAGGAUCGUGUACGUCUCGAGGCGAACCUGCGUGAUGCGGCCUCCGAUGCUCAGAAUCUGCGUGAGCUGCGUGCCGAGCUAGCUUCCCUCAAGGAGCAGCAUAGUCUGGAGCUAGAGCGUCUUACCGAGGAGAACGAGGCUCUUCGCGCUCGUCUCAGGGACGUGGCGCACUCUCCACUGUCAGACUCGGAGAAGCAACAGUUGUUGCUAGAUGCCUCGAGGCUCCACAACUCUGCGCCAGCCUCCAUCGCCAUUCCCCAGGACGAUGGUUCGGCACACAAUACCAGUACACCUCAGGAAGGAGCUCAGUGCACCACGCCGGACUGGGACAAGCACUCCUCCAGCUCGAUGUCCGAGGUCUCGGUCGCGUGCCUGCAGGACAGGAUCUUGCAAAUGGAGGAAACGCAUUAUUCUACAAAUGAGGAAUUACAGGCGACUAUUCAGGAAUUGAGCGACUUGCAGGCACAACUGACAGAGUUGCAAGCGGACAAUGAGAGGCUAACGGAGGAAAAGGGAGUCCUUUUGGAAUCACUAUGCCGUCAGACGGAGAAGCUGGAAGACUCUCGUUCCAAGGUUGACACUUUGCAGGGGUUACUUUUAAGGGAGGAACAGCCGCAGGAAGCAUCUAAGGGUUACAAUACAGAGAGGGAACAGAAACUUGUGGACCUUCUGAAAAGUGCGCAAGAGGAACGAGAGACUCUGCUUCAAAAGCAGGAAGAGCUGACCAGUGAAUUGAAGAGUCUGAGAGCGACCGCUGACGCUAGUGCGGCGGAGACUGAACGUCUGACGAAAUGUGUCGAGUUACUAGAAGCGUCGGUGGACGCGGUGAACGUCGAACGGAAGCAGCUGGACAUGGAAUUGGCAGAGGCCAGGCAGGAAGGCGCGAAUCGCAGUAUAGAGAUCAGUAGAUUGGCAACUCUUUUGGAUAACGCGCGGGCGAAGAUCGAAGAGUUGGAACAAUCGAGACAGCUGGAGAACAAGAGCGAGGCGGACGAAUUGCUUGAUGCGGCCAGAAGGGAGAAAGAUACGCUCGAGACGCAGGCGGCGGCGUUGCAGGAACAGUUGGCGCGCUCACAUUGCGACCACGAUCGGUUGAAGGACCAAUACUCACAGCUUCAGGAAGAAUAUAAAGUGGCACGAAAUAAUGCCAAGUCCGCUAUAGACGACUUGGAAUACAGGCUGACUCAAUUGAAAGACGAGCGACUGUCUGUGAGCACGGAAUUGCAGCUCGUCCGAGAUUCCUUGGCGGAACUGCAGACGCAGUGUCAACGGCACCUGGAGGAUAAACGGGAGCUGAAGGCCGCGUUGAGCGAGGCUCAACGACGAGAACGCGAGGUGCAAACGUGCCAGUACGAGUUGGAGCGCGCGUUGGCCGAUGAGCGUAAACUGAGAGAACAGGAGAGCGCUGAGUGGGAGCAGUUCCAAACAGAUUUGCUGAUGACCGUGCGAGUCGCCAAUGAUUUUAAGACCGAAGCCCAGAGCGAGUUGGAGCGCGUGGUCAUGGAGAACAAGGCGCAGAGAGAUAAACUGAGAACGCUGGAGGCACAACUUGAUAAACUUAACAAAGAUAGCACUGUAGUGAGUUGCAAGGCACUCGAUGUCACUAACGGGAAUAAAGAGAAAUUGGCGAGCGUUUUAUUAAAGCGUGGUCGGAUGAUUCUAAAGAAGCGUUACGACUCAAGGAAGCACGCGUUACGAAAUACCUUGUUCAAAGCAACAAUGAGCGGCCGGGAAUUGUAUAAAGCGAGGCUUGAGGACGUCGAUACCGUGAAUCAAAGCGGACUCGGUUUGCCAAAUGAUAAUCUAGUUACCGCAGCGGGCACGCCGACACUCAAGGAAGCCAUCAAAUUAGAGGACAAAUUGAUUUCCGGCGAGGAGAUUGAAUACUGUCCUGCUUAUCACAUCGACAGCCAGCAUACCGAAUGCGUCACGGAUGGAACGGUCGAGUGUUCGGCAAACGAGAAUUCGAGACAAUCGAAAGUCUCAAGGACCGAAUCGUCCAAAUUUUACUUCGACGACUUUGAAUCAGACGGGAUUUCUCACAAUUCAUCUGAAAAAUCCCCAAUAAAUGCGGAAGAUUAUCCAAAAUUGUAUAUUACCGUUACCGACACGUCCGACAAGGAUGCGACGACCAAGAGUUCCUUAUUGAAAAGUAUUCGCAGUAUUCAAAACGUCAACGGAGACUCAUACGGCAUUAACAUUUCGAACAGUCGUUUCUUCGUGCCAAAAGAUUACAUAUUUUCCGGCGUGGAGAGCGCGAUGAACGACCUCAAGUUCGAGGUCGAUCCGGAAAUGGGAAGGUUGUUGCAAAGGAGUUACAGCAGCCCUCAAGUUAACUUGUCUAGUCUAGGCAAUGCCAAAGCGAAUCUGUCAUCUUUAGAUGAUACAUUAGUAGAAACUUCGACUACGCUGAGCGUAGAUUUGACGAAACAACCCGCAGAUCCAGACUUUAGGAAUGCAAAAGCGCUUUCGGAUUCGUCCGUUUGUCUGAAAUCAAAGGAAAACAGUAAUGAGCAAAAGCAAUUGUUUUUUAAACAUGAAUCAAAACCGAGCUGCGAAGUACCUGACUCUAUCUUGGAUGAGACAACUUUGAAAUCAAAAACGAUUGCAGAAUCACAAACAAGAAAUGCUGAGUUAUUAUACAAAUUUAAUAACUGUUGCAGUACGCACGAUAAUAAAGAAAAAUCACAGAAAACGAAAUACGAGGAUCAUGAAUCUUUUCUUUUAAACGAUGAAACAAAAGAACGAGAAGCAUCAUGUAAUAAUCAGUUAUGGACAGCAGAACACGUGAUCAUCGAUGAUGACCAAAUUUCAACAAAGCCUUUAUGCCUUAAUAUUGCGCCAGGGGAUAAAAAAGUUCUUGAUACGCUUGAAGAAUCGAAAAUAUUAAGUUCGCCUGAUGAAAAUAUCGAAAUAAAGUCGCCUACGACAAAUAUAAAUGUCACAUGUGAGGAAAUAAAAAGUUCUCACGACUUACUAAACGUUCCUCUAAUGAGACGGAAAUCGUAUCCGUUGUUAACGCCCUCCGAAAUCGCAUAUAAAUCCAAAUGUUCCUCGAUUCCAGUUGUUUCAUUAGACAGGCCAACAGCAGUUUCGAAUAUUCAUUCAUUUCAAUCAUUCGAGGAGAAUGAAGCGAAGUCAAUCUCGGAAUCUUCUGUUAAUCAGGUAAAUCAUACUGGAUCGUCAGUGUGUAAUAAACAAGUAUUACAGUGCUCAAAUCCGAGCGAGAUAAAUCGAUUGAAUCGCAUAAGAUUUCUGCAAGGUAGCAUACUGUCAAGCGAGAAUGAUUUUCAUAUCGAGAAAGUGACUUCUGAAAGUAAGCUUCCUACAAUGAGCGAGGAAGUUAAAAUGACACAAAGUAAUGUGGACUUGGAAUCGGAUCAACCUCCGUCGUUGGGACGGACGUCAUCCUUGAGAGAAAAGUUUGAGACGAUCGUAGAAGAUGUGGAAUUGCGGACGCUGUCGAAACGACGCUCGUAUAUGAGCGAGUCUUGCGGCCCUAAUCAAAAAGUGAUACAACAACCGCCUACGAGGCCGGCCAGUACGCCGACGGAAACUCAACAAUCGGUGUUGACGAGUGUGCAGCAAGAGAUUGCUGCUCGUAGAAAGGCGAACAUUUCGCGUCAGGAUUCGAGGCUUUCUGUAAAAUGUCUGAUCGAGAGCAUCGAAAAUGCCACGAAGCAAGCUAAGGCCGGACCUGGAAGCCGUAGCAGCUCUACGUCGUCUUUAAAUUCGAUUGGGACUACAGAUAUCAUGUCUUUGAAGACUCCCCUCAGAGAUCAGCAGCAAAUCAACAAUUUAAUCUGCACAGCGAAUUCGACAAAUAACAAUAAAACACAAUCUACAAUCACAAAAAAACCAGUAUCAGAAACAAAAUCAACUCCUGUGGUUUUGAGUCCGGGUGAGCUAUUGGAUUCGGCUGCUUUGAAUGCCAAAGCGAUCGAUUUCGUGCGUCGAAACAGCGUCACUGAUCUAUCGGAACGUAAAGAUCCUCUGUGCGGCUUAGUCAAGAACGGCGGAUCCAAGCGUAACGCAUUACUCAAAUGGUGUCAGAAUAAAACAAUAGGAUACCGGAAUAUCGAUAUCACUAACUUCAGCAGUUCCUGGAACGAUGGCCUAGCAUUGUGCGCGAUUCUGCACUCCUAUCUGCCGAGAAAGGUACCGUACGACACGUUGACGCCGGUCGAAAAGCGGCGAAACUUCUCGAUCGCCUUCUCUGCUGCUGAGAGCGUUGGCAUACCAACAACUUUAAACAUUGGUGAAAUGUGUCAACUCGAGCGACCUGAUUGGCAACAAGUCAUGACGUACGUGACUAGCAUUUACAAGCACUUCGAAACGUAACUGAUCAUCGUUCUAUUACAUCGCCUGUCAGGCGGUACGUGCUACCAUUGAAUGCGCUCGGCAUUGUGAAGCGAACGAGUAAGAACAAUAGCAUCUAGUCAAGCAAAUUUUAUGAUGAAAAGAAAGCUAUGCAGCAAGAAAGAUUCUAAACGUUUAUCGAGGAUCAGCUGGAUCAGCACUGCCUAUUAAUUUUAUCUUCACGCCCCGUACGCGUUGUAUAUAGUUUCCAAUCGGAAAAUGUACAAGCCGCUGAAGCAUGCAAAAAGUUCGAUGGAAGACCAAACACCAAAUGGAAUUGCCGUUACUAUGAGACUGAAAACUUUAUAUAUAUAUAUAUAUAUAUAUAUAUAUAUAUAUAUAUAUAUAUACACAUAUAUACAUAUAUAUAUAUUUGCAUAUAUAUAUGUACACAUACACACGCAUGCAUAACGUGUGCGCUUUAUAAGGCACGAGCGAAGUCGGGAAGAAUCUUUCGUAUGUCGAAUGAGAGAGGAGCCAAGUAAAAUUGCAAGUUUCGUGAGUAGCUUUCUGCAAACGAAAGUAAUAAUCGUGUGCGUGCGGUGUUCCUCAAAGGUCCAGCGAUACGCGUUCUCACAAAGAGUACACACGCAUUGCCUCUGCCUCGUAGUCUUUUGCACCGUUUUUGCAAAGAGUAAAUCGGAAGUCGAGUGUAUUUGCGUUCCUCUCGUACCGAAUAUUUUUGUACGUGUAUUAUUUUUCGAGAGACUUUUUGUAGAGUUUACAAAAAAACGAAUGUACAGAACAAAGCGCCUUAAUUUAAGAGAUCUAAUUUAUUGCAAUUAGUCGCGCAUUUAGUGCUCUUACCAAGCGGAGAGGUCCGUCCCCUCCUCCAUCCCUACGUCCCCGAGAGAAUCGUUUUACGUUUCUACUCUCUUGUUAAGGAAAAAAAGAGCUCUAAAAAAACCAUUAUGUUGUGCGAGGAUUAAGUUCUCUGUGAUAUAGCAAGAUAGCUCCGAGACAGAGAUACAGACGUUAUCGUUAUUGCUACUACUAUUAUUAUACUAUUAUCGCUAUUAAUAUCGUCCUCAUCGUCGUUGUAUCAUUGUAGACAAUACGGAUAUUGCUGUCUGAUGUAAAACAAUAAACUUGCCUAAUGGAUAUUUAAGAUUCGGAUAUCCUGAGUGAUCCGUAUCGCAUAUCAUUUUUUCAAC